AUGACUAGUACUUGUGGUAAGAAGCGAUGGAAAGGCUUUUGCAGAUAUGCAGACUUGGUGAUGAACGUCUUAUUGCAGAGUGACGAAGUGGGGGCUUCGACCUCAUUUGCGGGCACUGUGGAGCGUGGUGAAGAAUUCUCGCUGGCUGACGCCGCAGACCAAGGUCCACCCGCGAAAAAACCGAGGAGCAUGGAAUCAGCAGGAGUUCCUGCACAGUUGCAAUCACCUCCAAGAUCUGUUGGUCAACGGAUAAAAGAAACUUUACCAACAUCAAAAAGCCAGUUAUGCCGAUCUCCAAAUGUAGCCGAUAUGAGUCUUACUUCGGCUCCUGGUUCGCCUCCUCCGCUUGGUGCAACACAAGUGAACAUGAUUCGCAUCAUUGGGCAGUAUCUCAAGAAUCUUGGUUUGCAAGAGACUGUUGCAACGUUAUUUGCUGAAAGUGGUUGUCGUCUUGAAGAUUCCUUAGCAAUCAGAUUGCGUGAAUAUGUUCUAGCUGGCCAGUGGGAUCUUGCACUUGGUGUUGUAGACAAAAUGUCACCAUUUGUUGCGCACUCAAAUUUAUUGCGUAUUCGUGAGAAAUUAUUUGAAGAGAAAUUCGUUGAGUUGCUCAUCAAAGAAAGGGUUUUGGAAGCCCUCAGCUUAUUAACCGUAGACUUUCCUUCGGAUCCAUUAUUUUUUGAACGUAGAAAUUUUCUAGCUACACUUCUUUACGUUGAUCCAAAGGUUGUCGAUGUCUGUGCGAAAACAGGAGCCCAUCGUACAGAACGUGAAAGACAUGCUUUAGUCACUGAAAUACAGCAGUUGCUGCCUACAUCAGUCAUGUUGCCUUCUAAUAGAUUGGAAAAACUUCUCAUGCAAUGUAAGUUGACCUGGAAAAUGCAGUGUCGUGAAUGUUAUUUGCAUAUUAGAGAAGAUUAUGAUGUUUCGCCUAAUUAUAUAUUAGAAGACCAUCAGUGUGACUGGGAUAGUUUUCCUCUGUUCACCUCACAGGUGUUGACUAAACAUACAGAUGAAGUUUGGUGUGCGGCGUUUUCACGAUCUGGAAAAUUUCUAGCUACUGGUGGCAGAUCUGGAGCUGCUCAUGUAUGGAAAGUAGUUAAUGAAUCAACGGUUGAGCCAUAUAAAGAACUUGCUGGCUGCUGCGUAGGAAAGAAUUGUUCGUCAUUAUUAGCGUGGAGUGACGACAGCAUCCUCUUGGCCGUGAGUGCUGCAGAAGGUCAUAUGACAGAUGUUCUUGUGUACGAUGUUCACACUGGCGUUAUCUUCUGCACAAUCGAAAAUAGAGCGAAUGACAGCACUGUUAUGUCUUUUGUUCCGGACUCGUACAAUUAUCGACUUGUUUGCGCUGAUCAAAUGGGUCAUUUCUGUCAAUAUACGUUGACUAAAAAUAACGCGAGAUCUGAUGGGAAAUUUGAAGGUUACAGAAUCCGAGCUCUUCAUUGUCUCAGGAAUGGAUCAGUUCUAGCAGCAGACACUCAUAAUAGAGUGCGCAGUUAUCGCUUCAGUGAUGACUCUGAAAUGACUUUAAUCGAGGAGUUAAGUCAGAUUUCAACAUUUGUUGUUGAUAAAUCGGAGCAAAACAUUUUAAUUGAUACUAAAUCGCAUGGUUUACGAUUGUGGGAUUUAAGAACACGAACGCUGAUUAGAUCUUUUAUUGGUGCACCACAUCAAGAUUACAUCAUUCAUUCAACUUUUGGUGGUCCCGAACAGUUGUACAUCGCUACCGGUUCUAUAGAUAAUAUUGAUUUGGCCUACUUUACCAUUGUAAGGUUAUUCUCAGCUACUUUCCAUAAUUUCCUAGAUGAAUGUAUAUAUAUAUGGAAGCAUACUUCCGAUGAAUUAAUCGCGAAACUGGCAGGGCAUACUGCACGUGUGAAUGCUGUGGCGUGGAAUCCGAAAUUGCCACAAUUAGUUUCAUGCUCUGAUGAUUGCACAGUUCGUAUCUGGAGUCCACUUGUUGGUUUUGAUUCAUCUAUUAUUCAGCAAAGCUGA